UGUUCUUCCCAGGGUUCUCCGCGCUACCGUUAUGGUCGCCUCCUUGUGCCGGUGUCCGCACAUGGGGUUCUAGGGCUGUGGAUGUGCUUACAGGAACUGUCGCCACUACUCUUCGACGUCUUUGGACCCUCUUCCUUUCACUUUCUUUUGUUGACUCCUGUGUGACCCUCGUAGGACUCUGUUUUGGUUGCACCGAUAUCUGAGGUGAUGUGGACCCCGGAGCUGGCCCUACUGAGGGGCUUCCCCACUGAGGCUGAGCUGCAGCAGUGGAAGCAAGAGGGAGUCGCCGGUUCGGAGAGUGGAUCUUUCCUACAAUUGCUGCUAGAAGGGAACUAUGAGGCCAUAUUCUUAAAUUCAUUGACUCAAAGUAUUUUAAAUUCAGCAACGAUGACUGAAGAAAAGAUUGACAGCUACCUAGAGAAGCAGAUAGUAACAUUCCUGGAUUACUCAACAGAUUUGGACAAAACCAGAAGACAGCAGCUGAUAUUCCUACUUGGUGUGAGCAGUUUGCAACUUUUUGUUCAGAGUAACUGGACGGGGCCUCUUGUUGAUUUACACCCUCAGGAUUUUCUGCCGUCUGUUUUGCUCCAGCAGUUUAGUGAGGUCAAAGGACUGGAUGCACUCGUUCUGAGUUUGCUCAUUCUAGAUGGUGAAUCAAUCUACAGCCUGACCUUGAAGCCUAUACUGCUAUUAUUAGCACGAAUUUCCCUAGUGAAUGUAAGACAUAGGCUGACAGCUAUUCAGAGCUUGCCAUGGUGGACUUUGAGAUGUGUGAAUAUUCACCAGCAAUUGCUUGAGGAACGCUCACCUCAGCUCUUUGCUCUUGCUGAAGACUGUAUUGAUCAAGUGAUGAAACUAGAGGAUCUGUUUGUAGAUGAUUCAGGUCGAUAUUUGGCUGUUCAGUUCCAUCUGGAAUGUGCAUAUAUAUUUUUAUAUUAUUAUGAAUAUAAAAAAGCAAAAGAUCAGUUCAAUAUUGCUAAAGAGAUCUGCAGAUUACAAAUUGAUUUGACAGGUGCUUUGGGAAAAAGGACACGGUUCCAGGAAAAUUACGUGGCCCAACUUAUUCUAGAUGUAAGAAGGGAAGGAGCUGUGUUUUCAAAUUAUGAAUUCACUCCAGCACCCACUCCUCAGGAAUAUUUAACCAAGAAUAUUGAGCUCAAUGAUGAUACUGUUCUAAAUGAGAUAAAGUUAGCAGAUUGUGAACAGUCGCAGAUGCCUGACCUGUGUGCUGAAGAGCUUGCUGUUAUCCUUGGAAUCUGCACAAAUCUCCAAAAGAAUAACCCAGUGCAUAAGUUAACUGAAGAGGAGCUGCUGGCAUUUACAUCCUGUUUGCUUUCACAACCCAAGUUCUGGGCCAUUCAGACAUCAGCUUUGAUCCUCCGGACAAAACUUGAGAGAGGAAGCACACGCCGAGUGGAACGGGCAAUGAGGCAGACACAGGCUCUUGCAGACCAAUUUGAAGAUAAGACUACGUCUGUAUUGGAACGUCUGAAGAUUUUCUAUUGCUGUCAAGUGCCACCUCAUUGGGCCAUUCAGCGCCAGCUUGCAAGUCUACUCUUUGAGUUGGGAUGUACCAGUUCAGCCCUUCAGAUAUUUGAGAAGCUAGAAAUGUGGGAAGAUGUUGUCAUUUGUUAUGAAAGAGCUGGGCAGCAUGGGAAGGCAGAAGAAAUCCUCAGGCAAGAGCUGGAGAAAAAAGAAACACCAAGUCUAUACUGCUUGCUUGGAGAUGUCCUUCGAGAGCACUCUUACUACGACCAGGCCUGGGAGUUGUCUCAGCACCGCAGUGCUCGCGCCCAGCGCUCCAAAGGCCUCCUCCAUCUGCGAAGCAAAGAGUUUAAAGAAUGUGUGGAGUGCUUUGAACGCUCGGUGAAGAUUAAUCCCAUGCAGAGGAAAAAGCUAGACUGUCAGCUUCUAAAGAUCACUGCGCUGCCUACAGCUUGCCUGCCUUCACAAUUUGCCUUGGAAAUAAGCUCCACAGAAACCUCCACCAGAGCUUCUCUGUCAGAUGAUUAUCUUUCUCCAUCCUUGCCCAGUCCCUUGCUCGGGGUGUGGUUUUCUCUGGGCUGUGCCUAUCUGGCCUUGGAAGACUAUGGAGGUUCAGCAAGGGCAUUUCAGCGCUGUGUGACUCUAGAACCUGACAACGCUGAAGCUUGGAACAAUUUAUCAACUUCUUAUAUCCGAUUAAAACAAAAAGUGAAAGCUUUUAGAACUUUACAAGAAGCCCUCAAGUGCAACUAUGAACAUUGGCAGAUCUGGGAAAACUAUAUUCUCACUAGCACUGACAUUGGGGAAUUUUCAGAAGCCAUUAAUGCUUAUCAUCGGCUCUUGGACUUAAGAGACAAAUACAAAGAUACUCAGAUAACUUUCAGUCAUUUUGGGAAAAAUUUAAGUAUUGCAUUAUUGCACCCCAUUUGCUGUUUAUAAAUGGACGAGGAAGGAAAGGGGAUUAACAUAUAUCCAGUGCUUACUAUGUUCUUGGCACUUAACAUGGAUUAUCUUUUAUAGGGCAUACAGUAUUUGAGGUGGGUACUAAAUAGUCCUCAUUUUACAAUGUAUGAAUAUGAGACCCAGAGAGGUUAUAUAACUUGACCAGUCAUAUAUCUAGUAGGAACCAGAGAUAGGAAUCACAUUUAGGCAUGUCUGUUUUUUGUGUGAACCAAACCUUGAAGUCUAUGGGAAGAUUUAUAUUAAAAAGCACAUUUCCCCAUCAUAUUAAUGUGCAUUUGAACUAUAUCUAACAAAGUUUUUUUUCCUUCAAAUUGGGGUAUAAUUUACAUAUAAUAAAAUGCACAGAUCUUAAGUGUAAGUUUGAUGUGUUUUGACCAUUAAGUAUUCUUAUGUAACUACUUCCCAAAAAAUAUAUGGAACAUUUUCAUCACCAGAGAAAGUUCUAUUAUACCCCUGUGCAGUCAACUGAACCACCACCCUUUCCCCUCACCCAGGCAACUACUAUCUGAUUUCUGUCACCACAGUUCAGUUUUGCUUUCUCUUGAAUGUCAUACAAUAUGUAUUCUUUCCUAUGUUGUUCUUUGUGUGGAUUUCUAUUUGGGGAAGGAGGGAGGUGGUGUUGAUGGGCAGUGGGGCAGGUUGCCAACCAGAUUGAAGUCCUGGAGCAAGUGGUGGCUGGGCUUACCUGAGAGAGAAGAGCAGAGGGAAUGGAUAUAUUAUAUACAAAUUCUGUCUCUGUGAAGUAGAUACUAUCUCCAUUUUACUGCUGAAGUAUCUGAGGCUCAGCAAGAUGAACUAAUAAAGUUGAUCUUUCACAGCUAACGAGCAGUCAAGCCAGGACUUGAAGUCUGACCUAUUUAACCUAAAACCUGUGCAUGCCUUUUCCACACGUGAAGAAAUUUUUUCUUUUUUUGGUGAAGGAGUGAAAAAGACAAUGUUAAACUGCCUACGUCUCUCUGAUAACUGAAGUGUGGGGAAGCCAAGGGUGAGGGUUAUCAGACCAGGAAACAGAGCAGGUUCUUUAGAGAGCUCCAAGUGGAGGGGGGACUUGGCCAAGCCAGGGAGGCGGGAAAUGGCCUCAUUCCUGGCCUCCAGCCCUCCUGGAAGUGUUUGUACCUGGACCUGAGGCAAUCCUAUUCCUUCCUGCUUUGAAGACCUCCAGGAUUCAAAGGGCCAACGCCUUGUGCUUUCAGCCAAGAUUUUGGGGAGACUUGGCCAAGGACCUCAAGGUUAGUGUUGGGGAAGAGGAUAGUUAUACUUUUCUCUUUGUGGAGAUUAGAAUCGCUGCUCCUCCAUGUGAGAAAACGUCAGCUCUCUUCAGGGGCUAGUGGUGGUCCCCCACAGUCACACUCUGCUUGAUGCAGUCCAUGGACCAUGAUGGAAGUGAGAAAUAGGCUGAGGAAAGAGAAUGAAACAAAAGUGCUCUAUCACUGAAGUGAUUAGAGAUGUGGGUUAGAGAUUUAGACGUCAUUACAUGAAGUUGGUGGUGUGGCAUUGGUUUAGUUAGGAAGUGAGGGGCUGCAGGGCUGUUUAUACUGAUUAAAAUGAAAUCCCUCUAAACAUCCAGGCUCAAAAAAUAUACUUAGAUUAUUUUAUGAUACACAAAAUGAAUUCCAAAUGGGCUAAAUAUAUGCUAAAUAUUUUUUCAUCUCCUAGAAAAAUUAGCAGUACAAGUGGGUAUUUACCAUAUUUCCUGAACUUUGAAGCAAGAAAAAAAAACGUGAAGGAAUUUUUAUGACUUCAUGGAAAAAAUAUGUGAUGAAAUAUUUGUAACAAAUAGAAAAGAUAAAAAGCUAAUAAUAUCCUUAUUAUAUUAAGAGUUAACAUCUGCUACAGGAAUGAAAUGGGACAGGAGAGAGGAUUCAGAAACAGACUCAAGUAUGAGAAUUUAGUUCAUGUUAAGGAUGGCAUUUUAAAUCUGUGGGAUAAAAUAAAAUAUUCAAUAUGUGUUGAAAUAGUUGGCCAAGUAUUUGGGACCCAAAAUGAAGGCUCUGCUUCACUCCUUAAACCAAAAUAAAUUCAAAUGGAUAAGAUAUUUAUUUAUUCAUUUAUUUGGCCGUGCCACCUGGCGUGUGGGAUCUUUAGUUCCCCGACCAGGGAUUGAACCUGUGCCCCCUGCAGUGGAAGCACAGAGUCUUAACCACUGGACCGCCAGGGAAGUCCCUGGAUAAAUAUUUAAAUUGAAAUGGCUUGAGAAGCAGGAUCAUGUUGUAGGUAAGAGCAUAGAUUCUGGGGUUAGACAGCCUUUGCUUACUACCUCUGCCAAUCACUAGCUAUAUGACCUGAGCAAAUUACUGACCACUUUUGUUCUUCAGUUUCGUAAAACAGGGCUGGUGUUAGUACCUCACAAGAUUGUUGUGAAGAGUAAGUAAGUUAAUAUAUGUAAAGGGCAGAGAAUAGUGCCUGGCACAUGUGAGUGCUGUGAGUAUAGCUGCCGUCAGCAUCGUGAUCAUAUCGUCACUAUUAUUGAAAAAGUAAAACCAUAAAAGCACUUAAAAGAAAGUAUGGUAAAUAUUUUUGUAAGCUUGGGGGUGGAGAAAACAUUUUUAAUCAUGACACAAAAGCCACACUCUGCUAAAGAAAAGAUGGAGAGAUUUGAAUUGAAAACUUCUACACAUGAGGAAAGGAUGACUUCUGACCAGAGGGCUGGACGCCACUGUCCUGAGGAGGGACAGGCUGAGACAUGACAGCCUCACUUAGUGCUUCCUGAACUGAAACUGGAAGAGGGUUAGUAGAAGCCAGUUAAGUGCCCUGGGAAGCAUUCGUCGUACUGUUCUCCACGUUGCCUUAGUCUUUCUACAUAAGACUGCUGGAUUCGUUACCUGGGGCUAUUCUACCAAAUUACUACAUGCUUGGUGUCUUCAAACAACAGAAAUUGAUUCUCUUCAGUAAUGGAGGCUAGAAGUCUGAAAUCAAGGUGUUGGCGGGGCCAUGCUCCCUCUAAAGGCUCAGUGAAGAAUCUUUCCUUGCCUCUUUCAGCUUCUGGUUCCAGGCAUUCCUUGGCUUGUGGCUGCAUAAUUCUAACCUGUGCCUCCCUCUUCACCUACUUCACCUCCUUCCCUCAUGUCUCUGUUUGUCGGCUCCUUUUCUUAGAAGAAUAUUAGUCAUUGGAUUCAGGGCCCACACUAAUCUAAUAUGACUUCAGCCUAACUAUUUCUACAAAGACCCUAUUUCCAAACGAGAUCACAUUCUGAGGUUCUGUUUCAACAUGAAUUGUCGGGGGGGACACUAUUCAUCCCACCACAACUUUCAUGCUCCGUUUUAGGGAGAAAGCGGUGGCUUUGAGAAUAGUGAGGCUGGUAAAGGUAAGGGAGUGUGUCCAACACACACCUCAUUGGUAGCUUUGGUAGGAGGAGAGGUGACGUGCACAGAGGUGCCCCCGAGAGAAGGCCAGAGAGACCUCAGCUGAUCACAUGAAGGUCUUGCCUAAAACAAUACCAGAGAUUUGAACAUCUGGAAGGGACAGAAGGGAUAAUAAGAAUAGGGAAGGAGUUGAUAGAAAACUAAUAAAGCUUUUCAAAGAGAUACACUUACUUAGUUGUAUGCAGUAUUGAGAGAGAAGACCGGAAUCCCAUGCCAUGGUGGACAAAUUAGAAUUUCUAAGAAGGAUCUAUUUUUAGGCUUCAGAAGAUUGUGAGAUUACCUGAAAUAUCAUGAAAAAAAUUUGUGUAUGUGGCUAUGCACCUAUUCUGGGUAGAGGGUUCAAAACUCUCAGUUAGAUCCCCAAGGGUGUCCAGAACCCCAAGAAAAAAACCACAGACGAAAUAAAGAAUAUCUUUGGAGUAGAGUAUUAGGACUAGUUUUCCAAUAAAAAGGCAAGUGGACCUUCCCUUGUAAUCACCAUGGGUUAAAGUUUACCUGUAUAGCUGUGUUAUAUUACAAAUGCAUUUAUCAUUGCUCUUGUCUUUUGAAAGUUCUCAAGCUUUACAAACUGUGCACAAAAUAAUUUAUGUGCACUCCCCCCGCCCCCAGCCCAGUCCCCACCCCAUUCCUCUGCUGCUCUUCAGGGCUGACUCUUUGGGAGAAGCAUCUUGCUGCACAGUCUCCACUUCCCCUCUUCCUGUCCUCUUUGGAACCCACGCCCUCUGGGCUCAUCUCCGCCAGCCUCCUGAGCGUGCUGUUGUCAGGGUCUGUAUUGCCACAUCCAGGGGACAGCUGUCAGCCCUCAGGUUUCUCAGCCUAUCUGUUACACUAACGCAGUUGAUCUCUCUUCCUUCUUCAAAUGCUUUCUUCGGCAGGCUUCCAGAAUUUCACAACUCUUAAGCUACCAGACGCAGCUUCCUCGUCUCCUUUGCAGAAUCAUUCUCGCCUUUCCUUCCCUAUGAGAGCAAUUCCAGGCUCAGUCCUCACGCUAUUUUUCUGCCCCACUUACACUGCUACCCAGGGGAUCUCACCAUUCCCUUGGUUUUUCCCGCUCAUCUUCCUGAGGAUACGUAUUAUGAAAUCAAGUUUUCCUCCACAUGUCCCUUUAAUUCUUUGUCACAUAGGCUGUUCAAUUUGUUUCUUUCAUUAUGGUUGCACUUUUCAGAUGUCUUACUUUUGUCCCUCUUGGCUCCUACUCCCCCGGGGAUAUUGGCUUCUUGACUGGUAAUGCGUACUUGGUGAGAGGGUCUAAAGCAAGCCCAGGACCAACUGUGCCCCUCCCGGUGAGUUUGGGCCACAAGGGGAGCUCACCUUUUGGAAACACCUUGCCACUGCCUCCUCCCACCACCACCACCACCGCCGCCAAGUGGCCUGGCUCCUCAGGAAACCUUUCUUAUCUCUGCCAGGCACUGCUGUCUUCCAGUCCCAUCUUCCUGAGUAGUCAUCCAGCAGGUGGGGGGCUGGCCAGGCCCUCUGCCCCCAGGCGGUACCUGCCUGGUCCCUGGCUUGCACUGGGCUGGCACUGCUGUGUUUCAGUCUCUCCACGUUGAUGGCAAGUGGUGUAUAGAGUAGUGUGUGGAAGAAAAAAAAAGCACAACUAAACAGCUUUUCUCAGCCCAUCUGUGAACCUUGGUCCCUUGUACAUCUCCAUCGUGGGCUGCUCUUCUCCACCAAACCAGGACCCAGCCAGUCUCUGUCUCUCCAGGGUUUCCCAUGUGUUUGCUGUUACUUUCUCAGAUUCAUCAACUUUCUCUUUUUUUUAAGCAGUGUACAGAAUUGGGGUUCAGAAAAAGAGGCUAGCAACGUGUUAGUGCAUCAGCUUGUAGGCUAUGUAAUCUCCAUAUGAAGAUGAACAAUAAAACCGUUUUCACAUUGGAAAAUAAUGAGUUCCGUACAAAUUAAGAAAAAAUUUAAAUAUCUUAAAAAGGAAAUAUACUUACUGAACAAACAUUUGGAAAGAGAUUUAAAUUCACUAAUAAUAAAAGAGAAAUUCAGAAUAAUAGCUGCGUAUAUUUUUAGUGGAACAAAACAUCAAAGAUUAAAACACCUACACACACACACACACACACACACACAUACACACACAGUGCUGGUAAUAUGCAGUGAAAUGACACAUGUUCAUAUACUACAGAUGGACAUCUAAUUUGAUUUAGCCCUUUUUGAAACUAUCCAGGCUAUCUCUAGAGUCUUAAAAUGUUUAUUCCCUUGAUUCCAUAGUUCUGUUCCUGGAAUUCUAACCUAAAGAAGCUUCAGUAUGAAAAAUAUCUUUAGGCACAAAAAUAUGCAGUGAAGUGUUCUUUAUAAUGAUAAGGACAAUGGCAGUACAUGGAAACAGCCUAACUGUCUAACUGCAGGGGAAUUGUUAAAUAGACUGUGCUCUGUCAACCCAGUGGGAGGCUUUGAACCUAUUAAAGUGAUCUAUCUAAAGAAUAUAUGAAAACAUCAAAAAAUUCUAUGACAUAAUGUUAAGUGAAAAAGGAAGAUAAAACAGUUUACAUAGUAUUAUAUUUAAAAAUUUACAUACAGUAAAGAAAUUAGAAAUUAAUGACAGUAGUGCUUGUGUUUGCGAAUUUUAUUUUCUCUUUUUAUUUUUAUUAGCUCCAAUGUCUUGGGGAAAUUUUUAAGUUAAAAAAGAAAAAACUACAAAAACCUGUCUGGUUUGGGUUGAUUCAAGAUUUGGCAAAAAAAUGAUAAUGAACUGAUCAAAGUUAUUGGCAUACAUAUUUCAUAAAAGAGCAAAUCUUUCCAAUAAAAAGAACUUAUUAUUAGAAAGGAAGGAACAACAGAGGAGUAAGGAGCUGUGCUUUAUCAUUUAAUACAGCAAAUGCUUGAGAGCAAGAGCCAGGAUGCGAGCUGCAGGUUCAAAUCCACCUCUGCCUUCCCUAGGUGUGUGACCUUGGACAAGUUAUUUACCUUCUCUGUGCUCCAGUUUCUUCAUCUGCAGAAUGCAAAUAACAAGAGCACCUUCCCCCUAGGGUUGUUAGGAAGAUUGUAUUCAUAGAGCCCCCGGCUCAUAGGAAGGUGUAUAUGUACGAAUAUUACCUGCUAUCAUCAUCGUCUUCUCUUCAUCCUCAUCAAAACUCAGGAGGCCAGUAUCACUUGUGUUCAAGACCCAGCUCCACCAUUCACUUGCGUUGUGCCCUUGAGAAGUUCAUUUUGCCUCUCAUGCUUCAAUUUCUUUGUAAAGUGGAGAAAAUAAAGUCCCUGCUUCCUAGGGUUACAGUGAGAACUAAAUGAAAUCAUGUUGGUCGCAUACUUAGAAUGGGGCUUAGCACAUGGUGAGUGCUCAGAGCAGGGGUAGUGGGAGGUAUUGAGGGCUGAUACCAUGGUGGUAGAGUUUGUUCUUCUUUAGCUCCAUUUUAAUCCAAGUAAGUAUAGAGGCACAUAAUGAGUGGGCGAUGAUGAGGGCUUUGCUGUCCCCUUUUGACAGAGUAAGGAAGUUGAGGGUCAGUGAUGAUUGUGAUAGUUUAUAGGUUUAUAUUGCUUUACAGUUUUUGAAGCUCUUUACCUGUAUAUUGACUCCUUGAUACAACAGUUCUGUGAUGUUGCAGACAGAAGACCUGUCCUCGUUACCGCUGUUUACCAACUUCCUAGCCAUUCCCGCACAUUCAUGGUGGACUUCAGCAACCGACUAUGUAUAUCUUCCUCCCCACUCUAGAUCUACUGUUCUUGAACACUUGGUUUUAGGUAGAUGGCACAUCCAAUACUUUGGACUUAAACUUCUUUGCUCUCAUCUUAUUUCAUAGGAGCAACCCAUCCAAGUGGCCAUAUCUUGGAUCCUGUUUCCCCAAGAAUCGUUUACCUCUAAAUUCUUAAACUUUAGUACUCUACCCUUCAGCCUCUUAUUACAUACUUAAUAAUUUAUAGUUUUAACUAGUUACUGAUGGGUUCAGUAAUCAUAUUUUUACCCAGUUUACAGUAGAUAAAAACAUUUACUUGUUAAAAAAAAAUCUUUUUCACCUUUGAUGGUGCAAAGGACUAUAAUGCAGGUAAACUUUGUAGACUGCCCAGGAGAAAAUCAUAAUCCUUGGUGAUUCAUUUUAUCAGAGAAAUCCUACUACAACACCCUUUGCUUUUUUUAAGUUAAAAAUAUGUGUUUACUAAAGAAGGGUUAAAUAUAUGUUAAAAGUUACUAUUUUGGUAGUCAGUCUGGAUAACAAGAGUGUGAUUUUUCUCACCAGUUAGAGGGAAGGAAAUGGUGAUAUUAACCAGUAAAUUAUAACAUUAAUAGUUUUUUUAAAAAUUUUAUCACUCUAAACCCACUUUUGAAGAUUACAUAUUAGCUCCAUUUGUUACUAUAUUUUAAUAACUCUUAUUUUUUUCCUUCAGUUUAUGGGGCUUUCUUAAUUGCAGGAAAUACCUUUUUAAUUAACGUUUAUUAAAAUAGAGUGAAAAUAUAGAAAAGUACACAGGUCAUAAGUAAACAUGAAUUUUCACGAAGGGCACGCACUUGUGUAAACCACCCGGGGCCCCCCCCCGCCGCCCCACGCCCUUCCCCGAGUGUGAGUCCGAACAUCACCAGCAUCCCAAAGUCCUCACAGUCCGUUAUAGUCUUUGCCCCUCCCCCCUCCGCCCACACACACCAAAGACAUAAUUUUAAAGUUUAUAAAUGAAUAUUCAUGUGUGCUGUCGUUUUUUGUUUCCUCUUUGCCAAUCUUUGUAUUUAUUCUUUUUCUCUAUUUUUAAAUUUUUGUGUUAUUAAAAUAA